CCAAUAUAGCUGUUGCGCUACCCUCAGUCACAAUUCGUCGUCCAUCUCCUGCGAUAUAACAUGAUGUGUGAUGAUUUUGAUCGUCCCCUAACACACGUGGUGGGCGUUCCUGACGACGGUGGUGACACCAUCACGUGUCUUAACAGCAAUGGCUUCCUCAUACCCAACUUCCCCAACACAAGAGGCAUUCCAGGAAUACGUUCUGCCAAAAUGCGCGACGAUGACAUCAUACUCUGCACUUAUCCCAAAUCAGGAACCCACUGGGUGCUUGAAAUAAUACGAGAACUCGCCGCAGGUGAGAUAAUUGAAGAUGACGUCAUGAUGGAUCAGACCUUUCUUGAAAUGGGGCCAGAGGAGAGGUAUGCCGAUCUCCAGUCUCCCAGAAUCCUCAACUCCCAUUUGCUGAUGAAGCAUCUGCCAGAAGAUGUUAUCAACAAGAAAGUAAAAGUCAUAAGCGUUCUGAGAAAUCCAAAGGACGUAGCUGUUUCCUUCUAUAACUUUGCGAAGAAGGUUCCAUAUCUCAAAUACAAAGGGGAGUGGAAAAACGUCUUGCAUCCCUUUUUUGAAGGGAAAUUUAUAUAUGGAUCAUGGAUGGACUAUGUUAGUGACUGGGAAGAAGUGAAGAAGACCAAUCCUGAUCUGCCUGUGUUGACUCUCUUCUACGAAGACCUCAAGCAGGACCAGAUGCGAGAGAUGAGGAGGAUGUGUGAGUUCCUGGGUGUAGAGAGGACUGAUGACUUCCUGUCCAGAAUCCGCGACAACACAACACUGACGGCCAUGGGGACUCUCAAGACAAAGGGGGAUAUUACUCGAGCAGUGUUCAGAAAGGGGGGAGUAGGUGACUGGAAGAACUGGUUCACUGUGGCCCAGAACGAGUGGUUUGAUCAGCUCUACCAGGAGAAGAUGGCCGACUGUCACCUUCAGUUCAAAUACACACUGUGAUUUACUGACAAUGUACUUCAGUAGCACCCACGAUCAUAUGUUUCAGGAAUGCCUUAUAAACGCAGCUCUACACAGCGAAUUGUGGUGCCUUACAAGACUACGUCAUCACUACUGUAGGAGAAAAUGCUGAACGUGUCCAGCAAAAAUACCAUUUUAUAAUCUUCGCAAGAAUAACAAUAAAUGAUAUAAUCUUGAA